CGCGUGAUUAUAAUCAGAUGUGAAAUACGAUUACAUAUAUAACUGAAAUAUAUAGAGUAGCAAUUAUAAAGGGAAACUUAUUCUUCUCCCAUACACUCAAACCUCAAGUUUUAGUCCAUGAUUCUAAUUGAAACAUCGGGUUUAAGAGGUGUCAAGACAUGAAUAUCUCAUUGCACCAAACAUAUUCCUCAGUUACUGCGAAUAAGUUGUAUCUUUUUAUUGCCCUAUCCUAAACGAUGGACCAACGCGCCGCAAUCCCCGUUACUCUACCGAGAGAGAACCCCACCCGGAGCUACUGGCAGCUUGAACCCCACGAGAUCGCCGAUAUGCGCACGACUGGUUUAUUACCGGGGAAGGCGGAGGUUGUCAUCAUUGGAAGUGGCAUCACUGGGGCUGCAAUGGCUUUCAACCUACUUGAGAAAGGCACCCGCGACAUUAUCAUGCUGGAGGCUCGGCAGGCAUGCUCGGGCGCAACAGGACGGAACGGAGGUCACACGAAGGCAGCAUCCUACCUCUCAUUCCAAGCGCAUGAGAAGCAUCAUGGCACUGCUGUGGCUGUCAAGAUCGCUCGUCUCGAGCUGGCUAACAUUCGCGCCGUGCACGCGUUCGCAAGAGAACACGGGAUUGAGUGUGAUAGCCAUCCUUGUGAUACAGUAGACGUGGUUUAUGAUGCGGCGCGAUGGGAGUUCGACCAGCGUGCUGUUAAGGCUAUGCAGGAUGCCAUGCCCAGCGACGAUGCCUCUAUAUACGCUCUGCAUAGUACCGAAGAAGUAAGCUCCAAGUUCUUCUGCGGCCAUGGAGGAGAUGAGAAAGUAUAUGGUGGCUUAUCAUAUGAGGCAGGAAGUAUAAAUGCCUACAAGUUUACUACAGGCGUGCUGAAACUGUGCUUAGAGAAGGGCCUUAACUUGCAUACCAAUACCCCCGCGCUCAAUCUUGAAAGGCUCAAGGGUGGUGGUUGGAAGGUAGAGACUCCCAGGGGUUCAAUAGAAGCGCAGAAAGUUGUACUGGCUACAAACGGAUAUACUGCAAAUAUCUGGAAGAAAUUCCAGGGAAUUAUAGUUCCUCUACGUGGACAUGUCACUGCGCAGCGACCUGGUCUAAGUAUACCGAAAGAUCGUCUGGCAGGCUCAUACACCUUCUUCAGUAAAAAGGGGUACGAUUAUAUGAUUCAACGACCGCAAGGCACACAGUUUGAGGGGGACAUCGUAAUUGGUGGGGCUCUCACCAACGCCGUCGCAGAUGGUCUCGAGGAGUACGGGACGACAGAUGAUACCACACUUAACGAUGACAUCGUAAAAGCUCUUGAAGACAGCUUACCGAAAUAUUUCGGCGAUAACUGGGGUAAAGAUGACCAAGAAGGGCGAAUACGUAAUGUGUGGUCUGGUAUCAUGGGUUAUAGCCCCGAUGGCCUCCCUUUCGUCGGGGAGGUUCCAGGAGAGAAAGAUCUUUGGGUCUCUACUAGUUUCCAAGGCCAUGGAAUGGUUCUCUGCUGGAUGUGCGCCCGCGCGCUCACGACUAUGAUGAAUGGUCGUUCGGACGAGGACGAGGGCGAGGGGUUGAGCUCGUGGUUCCCUGAAGUAUUCAGGAUUACCGAAGAGAGAAUGCGCUUGACUUUUCGGGGUCGCCUACGUAACUGAACCGAAGUACUCGUGC